UCCACAAGAUGUACAGGAUUGCAACACUCCUGACUCCUAAAAUGAGAAUGCUACGGAUGCUGCCCCCAGAUGAAAAAGACGACGUGGUUAAAGGUGCAAAGGAAAUUAUUCAGAAGAUGCAGUUUCAUCUGGGCCCAGCCAUAGUAGAGGAUGAGCCACCACCAGCCAAAAAGCAAAAAACAGACAGAUUUGCAGACUGGGAAGGCGAUGCGUCCGUUGCUUCAGUCACAGUGCCAAAGCCGAUCGAUGAUGAGAUGGCUGAAUAUCUCAGCUCCCGUCUCUCUGAUAACCCAGACCCAGACAACGUGCUUCAAUGGUGGAAGUUCAACAAAGAGCGCUUCCCAGCGCUCUCAAAGCUGGCUCGUUUCAUCUUUAGUAUCCCUGCAUCCAGUGCGCCUUCAGAGCGGGCCUUUAGUGUCUGUGGGCGCAUCCUGGAAGAGAGACGCACGCGCUUGGGACCGCAGUCGAUAAGCAACAUUCUCUUCCUCCACAGCAAUAUUGCAAAGUGAUUCAUUUGUUAAAUUUAUUCAUUAACGUUGUUUAUUUUAAGUUAUUUAUUAGUGUUGUUUUUUGAGCACAGCCUCUCGUUGUCAUUUGUUAAUUAGGUCAAGAGGCGUGAUGAUGCCAGUGUUAUUGAACAGGCAGCCUAAGUUUGAAUGUUUUUAUUCUUAUUUGUAUUUUUUCAAAAAGAAUACCUGCUGUGACAUCU